AUGGGCAUUCCUCGUCUUCUUUCUCAUCUCGAGCCCUACGGAGUCGAGGAACAACUCGGCAACGUCGACAUCAUAGUCGACGGGCCUUCUCUUGCAUAUCAUAUCUAUCGUCUCGGUUCGAGUUCAACCCUCACUGCUCGGAAUGGACGUCAGGGACCGUCUUACAGUCUACUAGGGGACACGGCCAUCGCCUGGUUAAACCGGCUCCAAGAGGGAGGCUUCAAGGUAGUAGCCAUCUACUUCGACGGCUUUUUACCCCUGGCCAAGAGACCUACCCGUCUUGAAAGACUCCUCCAAUCAUCCCUCCAACUCCAGCGUCUUCAUGCCACCAAUCUAGUCUUCUCAGACCAUGGCCCAUCUGUAGAAAGUCCAACCUUACCAGCGCUCUUUCCCACUCACGGGCCACGCAGAGACGUCUCUCACACGCCCCCGUUCUUAGUCCCUGCGAUCCUCGAGCGUCUGAAAAGUGCUGAGCGGUACGCUUCCCUCGUCCAUCUCGUACCUGGGGAAGCAGAUGAGUAUUGCGCCGAGCACGCCCUCGCUCACGGAGGCACCAUUUUAACCUCGGACUCCGAUCUCCUCAUCCACGACUUGGGUUCUGGCUCCGUCGUCUUUCUGGGCGACAUUCACCCCAGGACGAAAGACGCUGAAGACCCCCGCCCCCAGGGGCUCGUAGUGUCGAGGUAUUAUCCUCGAGAGAUUGCAUCGAGACUGCGACUCCCCCAGCCUCUGGAGCAAGGCUUGAUCCGGCUGGGAUACGAGCUAUCCAAAGACUGCCAUGCUUCCUUGUCGCAGCUCCUCGAAGCCUGCCAGAAGCCUUUGUCGAGGGUAGACAACGACCAGUUCCAGGUCUUUUCGCAGCCCUACAAAUCAUUAAGUGUCGAGUCACGUCACGCUGCAGACAUCUUCUCAGCCUCCGCAGCAUCGAACCUCGACCCCCGCAUAUCAGAACUCGUCCUCCAAUCCACAAGCUACCAGCGCCUCCUAUUUACGACCUCUCCCGGAGGUUUCGCCACCCAGCCUCAGGGGCAGGCGCAAGAACCGCUCAUCUUCCUACCGCUGCUCCUCGACUGCCCCGUCCGCACCAGCGCAUGGGAUAGCAGCCUCGCCGUGCGGCAGCUGGCCUACAGUCUCUUCCACCUCGCCUACCCCGGCUGGCCCGGUUCCGUUCGCGAGUACAGACGCAUCCAGUCCACGGCGAACAAGGGUAAAAGCCUCCGGCUCCUCUCGGAAGCAUGCACUCUUGAAGCCGCAGCCGAGUUGUCCUCGGUCCUGUCUCACAUGGCCGACGCGUUCGAUGACGAACCAGACCUGCUCUGGUUCACCUUCGCCUUGCACCAGGACAUGAGUUGCAGCCACGUCCAGGGAGAAGAUCCCACGACCUUUUCCGCAAUUCGUGACAUCUUGCUUCCCACUGCCUCCUCGGCAGUCUCACGGGGAACAACCACAACGACAACGACAACACCAACAACAACAGCCCAGGGUAACUGGAUAACCCUGCACCUCACCGCGCAAUGCCAAGCGGCCCUCUACUCCCUCCGCAUCCUCGCCCAGAUCCUCCCCCUCGUCCUGCAAGCCGCCGCUCCGCCAGCGGAACCGCUCGCAGCCACCUUGCACUCCCUGCAGCGCCUCCUCGCCCGCCUGCCGUCCCUGUCGGAAUACCCCGCUGCAUCAGGAACGCUGGCCCUCGUCACCGACCUGCGCGACCAUCCGGACCGGCAUCUCCCCCGCGUGGCGUCCGUGCUGGGCCUCCAGCCGUCAGAUAUAAUCCCGCGGACCAGGAACGAGGAGAAACGCCAUAAAAAGCAGCAGUCGAGGAAGAGACGUAAGGAGCAGGAAGAGGCGGCGAGGCAGGAGGACCGGAUUGGUUCCGCCUCUAAGAAAGUGUACACAAAUCCGUUUGACGUGCUGGGGGACCAGUAA